AAAGGAAAAAAGAAAAAGAAAAAGAAAGAGAGUGCGCGCUUGCGUGAGAUCUCCCAUCUACACUACACACUAAUUACUUAUGCUUGUGAAAUUGGUAUCUCUUCUUCCACAAAAUUCCACCGCAAAUUCCAUAUCAAAUUGGAGAAAUGAAGAUGCUUUUGUGCUCUUUUCUAAGGCAAAGCCGUUAGAAUUUUCGGCGCACAAAUCCUGAUGUGAUGGAAAACCAACGGUUACCCCAAAGCAGUGAAGCCAGUGGUGAAGUUGGUUCAUCUGUUGAGAACGAAGAAUCAAGGAAUUCUUCUAUAUCACGUCACAGUCUGGAUAAGGAGGCAGGCUUUCCAUCUUGUCGAGUGUGCCAGUGUUCUGAAUCAGACAAGAGGGGAGUUGCUGCAUUAGGAUUUCUAGGAAUUAUUCCACCAGCACCGGAUGCAUACAGUAGCAAUGGAGAGGCGAAGCUUGAUUGCCAUGAAGUGGUGAAAAAUGACGAAAAUGUUUCCUUCAACAGAAGUAGCGGGAAAGGAUCUGCACUAGUUGAAUUCAUUAGUCCAAAAGGGGAGGUUUUUGUUUGUAAUGGUGAUAUAGAGAUGGGUUAUGAUGAGAACCAGGACUCUUUGAAUGAGCUUGGCUGUGCGUGCAAAAAUGAUCUUGCUAUGGUACACUACGCUUGUGCGCUUAAGUGGUUUAUUAACCAUGGAUCCACCAUGUGUGAGAUUUGUGGAUGUGUUGCGAAAAACAUAAGAAUUUCGGAUUUCAAGAAAGUUGUGAGCUCUUUGAAGGAGUAUGAUGCAUUGAGGGAAAGGACUGCAAAUGGGGAGCCUAAUCCUGCACCGGCGCUGGAAAAUUCAACUGUAGAUCCUGAUGCUAUUGCAGCUAUUCGAAGGCAAAGGUUAAGUGAAAUUGCACUGUGGUUCAACCCCCAUAACCACUAUUCCACUGCUGUUUCCCAGGUUGUUAGUGAGCCGCCUUCUGGUUCUAACAUUGUUCCAGAAGAAGCUCUUCCUGCAGAAAACACUGUAACCAAAUGGGCUGUUGAGGGUACUGGGAUCCUGCUCGCUACAGGGCUUCUUACUAUCACUCUUGCAUGGCUUAUUGCUCCUCAUGUUGGGAAGAGAACUGCCAAAAAUGGACUGCAUAUUCUUCUUGGAGGUGUUUGUGCGUUAACAGUUGUAGUAUUCUUCCGAUUUUUUGUGUUAACAAGAAUCAAAUAUGGCCCUGCUCGAUACUGGGCUAUCCUAUUUGUCUUCUGGUUUCUUGUGUUCGGUAUAUGGGCUUCAAGAACACAUGGUGCCCAUGCUACUUAAUCAUUUAUCCUCCUUCGGGAUUUGUUUUAGAGCACUGAUGUUCAGCUGCUUUUGUUGACACAGUACUACCAGUAAAGUUGGUGAGAUGAUUAUUGUACGACAGGUUCUCUGGUUCAAUGCUAAAAAGUUUUAUGCAGAUGUAAGCAACAACAAGAUCUCUAUGUGCUGCAUUGCAUGUGUAAAGCAAGCUCUUGAUUUUUCUCAUUUAUUUGUUUUAAUUUUUCUCUAGGGUAACCUGGGAGGGGGCAAGUUAAGUAGAGUAGGGGGUGUUUGCUUUAGUUGUUCUCGGUGUCUGGGGGAGACUUAUCUCAUUACUCAGGAGUUGAUUUCUGUAGCAAAGUGAGGAAUUCUUUGGUAGUGGUUUACUUAUAUUCAUUUUGUACAAACUAAUCAUAUGACUGCUUCAGGAGCUCUGUAACCUGUAAAUAAGGCGAGCUCUGCUGCAUGUCCGUUCAUAUCCCGGCGACCUCAGGGUUCUUUCUUCAUGGUUGUGUCAUAUGGAUAAUUUCUGAUGCUACUAUGUUCGCAGAAACUCGUUGCUCUAUAUAUGGAAAGUCCAGUCAUUCUGAAUAUUGGAUUUUCCCCUCAAACCAUUAACUCCAAUUAUUAACCAGAAAGUUGGAAUAUACCCGUGAAUUAUUU